AUGCUUAAACUGAUGCUGUACAACAACCGGAUGCUGUACAACAACCGGAUGCUGUACAACAACCGGAUGCUGUACAACAACCGGAUGCUGUACAACAACCGGAUGCUGUACAACAACCGGAUGAUGUAUAACAACCGGAUGCUGUAUAUCAACCGGAUGCUGUACAACAGCCGGAAGCUGUACAACAACCGGAUGCUGUAUAACAACCGGAUGCUGUAUAUCAACCGGAUGCUGUAUAACAACCGGAUGCUGUAUAUCAACCGGAUGUUGUACAACAACCGGAUGGUGUAUAACAACCGGAUGCUGUAUAACAACCGGAUGCUGUAUAUCAACCGGAUGCUGUACAACAACCGGAUGCUGUACAACAACCGGAUGCUGUACAACAACUGGGGGCUGUGCAACAGCCGGAUGCUGUACAACAACCGGAGGCUGUACAACAGCCGGAUGCUGUACAUUCCAUAA